UAAUGACCUCCUGGCGGGCGCGUUCAAGGUUUUAACUCUGGCUGUGAAUAUAUGGGACGAAGAUAGAGUAAACAUUUUUAGGAAUUUGAAUCUUAAUUUAUCACUGCUCGAUCAUAUUCGACAACAAGACACCGAGAAGCUAACUGUAAAACCGCAGCGCAGCCGAGUUUCGUCAUAAAAUUGGUGAUGGUAUCUUGAGCGCCAAAUUUUACCAUGACUCAGCUCCUCUGUCAAAUUAGACUUGAAUUUGUGUUGCAUCUGACGUAUUCAAAUGCUGAUUCCAUGAGAUGUGAAUGACAGGGUCCUAUUAAGUUCAAGCAGAACAGGCUAUAAAGUGCAGGGUGUUGGUGAUCACCGUCGUAAUGUAAUGAAAUAGAUCAAAGAAUAUCACCGUGCAGCGUGUGCUUGAACGAUAAUCGCGCAUAAGGAGCCGAUAGAUGUGCAUUGAGUCUGAACUUCCCUGAAUGCAUUAAACUCGUGCCUUCAUCGUGCCUUCAUUGGGCCUUAACCAUGCCGUUAUCGAGCCUUAAAUUCACGGUUUAGCCUCUUUUUUUAUUUCAAACAAUCGUCGACAUAUAACCUGAGGAAAAAACUAUGGUAUUGAAAAUAUAAAGAAUAAAUAGCCAUAAACUGGGAUUUUAGUCGCCGACAAAUGACAAACAAUGUUAAUAGAGCCUCGAUGCAAGGUUAUGUAUCCUGCAUCGGCAAUUUUGUGCAUUACAAUCUACGUUCUAAUGCUAAAAAGUUGUUAACCAUAGAAAUUCAUCGGUCAAAUAUAAGAAUAUAAGAUAUAUGUGCAUCUCUAAAAUCUUUUUCUAUUCUGUUCUAAUCAAUAUUUAAGUUUUAUUGUAUAGAGGUAAGUGAGAUCAAACCUUCACAAUUUUUAGUGAAAAGUAAAAAGUAGAGCAAAAUGGCGUCUUUAGCUACACUUCAUUUCGUUGACAACAACUCUAUUUCUUCAGAUCAAACUUUUAUACGGAGAUUAUAUACUCGCUGUAAAGCGCCUUAUUGCAAGAAUGCAGCCUAAUCUUGAGGAAAAUAAAGUUUUUAUUCACGAGUUUAGCAGAACUGCACCAGUUAAUGUAUUGUUGGACCAUUUUUUUUUUAAUGAAUGAGUGGCCAACAUGGCGGACAUUCCGAGGAAAAGUUCUUAGGAAAUGUAGAAUGUUUUUUCUGGUGGUUAUUUCAAGCUUAAAAGCUCGAUAUGUUUGUUUCUUUUGAAAAUAUACAAAAAGAAAACAACAAACAAACAAACAAACCCGGCUUGUCUUUUUUUUUUCUUCUUUUUCUUUUUUUCUGCAGGUACAAAGAGACAACAGAUGUUUUCAAUGAGAUCACAAGUGCAAAAAAAUAUUCAAAGUUUUUAAGACCUUUUCACAAAGGUAAUAGACAAAAGAAGUGUACAGUUACUUUUAAAUGCACGCAAUCCAAAGCUAAGGGACCAGCCAAGACAAGGUCCAAAUAUGGUGCUUUGAGCGUUAAAAAGGGUGUUUAUGGUGUUGAGCAAACUAAUUUACAUUCCCAUGCGGGGAUUUCUACGUUAAUGUAUAUAUCUUCAUCAGAAAAGGAAAGAAAAAUUGAGGACAACUAGAAAUCAAUUAAAAAGAGAUGUCUGUAACAAAUAUUCCUUAAUUGAUUUCUUGAACGUUUUAAUAUUCAUGAUGUUUUCAGUGAUUUAUCGGAAGAGUUCGAAAUCUUAGUUGCUCUGUACGAAAACAUUAAUUAAAGUUCUUUGACCGCAUACAGUCUACUACUGUUGCUUUAAUGUUAUUGUCUUGAACUGUGGGUUAGUUUCAAUCUUAUGUAUGAAGUCAUUUGGUGAUUGUAACCACACAACCCCCAUCCAAACACCAAAAAACAACCCACAAAACUGAUAAUGCUAUUUAACAAUUGUUCCUCGAGCCCGAAUGGGCUCUGAGUCAACAGCCCAUGAGGCCAAGGACCGAAUGGGCUAUUGACUCAGAGGCCAUGAGGGCAAGAGGAAUAAUUGUUUUAGUAAAAUCCAACUAGCUGGUCAAAAAUAUCGAGAAUAAAAAAAUUUUAGCUACUUAAAGCUAGACUUUAAUCCCUUUUUGCCGCCAAAAAGCCCGCGCUUUUCGCUACUAGUGGGCUAUAACAUAUAGCCUAGUAGUAGCUCAACAAAUCAGAACACAGCAUUGAUACUAGACCACUAGUUGGAUUUUACUAAUUAGUGGUAGCUUACAAGAUGGGAAAGCACAUUACUCUAUAAAUUAGAUCGAGAGGUCCGUUUUCGUUGACGCAGCUUCACUGCCAAUUGUUUCUGAUAUUAAUGUAACAGAGAAUGUCCUUGCUUAAUUUUUAGGCAGUCCCCUCAAGGUCGCAAUUGGUAUCAAGGUUAUUCACUUUGUAGCAGUAAGGGAAGUAGAAGAGGUCAGUGAAUGCUCACAAGUCUGAUAUAAUAUUAAUAUUACUUAAAUAUAAUAAUUUACAUAGAAAUUUAUUGUUCGCUUAUAUUAUAGACCCAUAUAAGUAUACCGGAUUUAGUAUACGUGAAUACACACAGGUAGCACAACCAAAAUUAAAUAUGUUCAAAAAUUCCAGAUAAACUUACUGUUACCUCUCCAUGCCCCUCUUGUUUGUUGUUGUUUUUGUUUUGUUUUUUCCUUUGGUUCAUUUUUGUUCUGUUUUUUUUUUUUUUUUUUUUAUUUAUUACCUUAGCAAUUUUCACUGGAUAUGAUAACUUGGCAAACAUGGAAUGACCCACGACUACACCAUUCUUUGGAUGACCCCAUCACUCUUCCUGGAGAAUCAAAGAAAUUCAUAUGGUUACCGGAUACAUUUUUCGUCAAUGUUAGAACUGCCACUAUCCAUGACGUAAUUGCUGAAAACAGUAAAGUUUCCAUUACACCUGGAGGUGUUGUUACUUACAGUACCAGGUAAGGUGGUUUGAUGAGGUCUUGAUGAAGUAAUAAAAAGUUGCAGUUACGCGCUUGUAAGUCGAAACCCAAAAACAGAGACUGUAAGGAUCCAGAUUGAAUUGAAGGUAUUUUAAUUUGACAUGAGCUACAAAUACACAUUCAUUUGAAUCGAAUUUGAAGGCAGGAAUAUGCCAAAUUCAAGCAGACAAUCAAACAUAAAACCUUUCGGUAAUACAUCUUUCAUUUUAGUAAAUGGAAUAUUUUUUUUUUCGGCAACAAUAUAGAUUGUCACACUUUCACGCUAUAAAAUGAUGUUAUUAAAUAUUGUCCACCCAAGAAAUAAAUAAAUAAAAAUAAAUAUAAUAAUAAUACAAUAUAAGAUAAAAAACAAGGCAAAUUAUCUACAAAAAAUAGAACUGUUUACCGAUCUAAUUUUUUGCAUGCCGGAGUGUUAGCAAAUUAUCAAUUUAUUAAAGCCAUCAUUGCCAUACAAUAUUAUUUGGCUCAUUAAAAAUACUGUUCCUAAUAGCAGUUUUAAAAAUGCCACUGAAUGGUGUUAAAUAUUGGUCCAGACGUCAAUGCAUUGUCUUUCCUGAUGGGUCUUUAGUCAGGGGUAUUAAACCUUUCAGUAGAGAAGGUAACAAUAUGCUCUCAUUGCGUCAUAUUCCCUUGCUAAAAGAGUUUUAACACCAAACAGAAAUUCUAAUCUUAAAACCAAAACUGUUCAUACAAUAAACUGACUUUUCAUUCUGAUUAUUGCAUAGUGGGGUUAUAGUUGCAAAUUCAAUCAUUGCUUCCGCAGUGCCAUUUAAGAUUUUUUCUGGUAUUUUGGUGUUAUUGAUAAUAAUUCAUUGCCGACUUACUGAAUCAGCUUCAUAAUCAUUACAAAUGUACAGUUCUAUUCUGUCUAGUAUAUUCAUAUCUGAUUUUUAGGCUUACUAUAACUGCAGGAUGUUCAAUGGAUUUGGCUGAUUAUCCACUAGAUGCACAAUACUGUGACCUGGAAUUGUCUACCUGUUAAGUAUUGUAACCACGUAGAUUAACUUCAAUGUUAACCGCGGUAGGAUUAGCUCAGUCGGUAGAGCGUUUGACUGCAGAGCGGAAGGUCACGGGUUCGAUGGCCGGACCAAUACUAAGGGUUUUAAAAUAACUGAGAAAUGAAGCUACUGCCUUUGCACUGUAAGCGGCUAGGACUUUGGAGACGUAAAAAUAGUGUCCCCAAUUAGUACUCUUUUUUUAGCGCCGGGAGAAACCGUAUAUGCCCCGUCGCAAAGCAGUUUCACUGUAUGAUCUCUUGCGGGGCAAAAAAGACUGUACACACUGUGAAAAGUACAGGGGGGAUAUCAAUCUCUUUUUCCCUGUUUAGGGGAGGGAACACAUGUAAAUUACUCUAAGAUUAGUCCUUCGCUAUCCGAUGUCAAAGUGUAGACAGCAAAAAAGGCAAGCGCGCUUGAAUUUGAGGGCACCAAAGAGAAAGGUGGCACGAGGGUGGAAAAACAAAAUCAAGAAUAAAUAUAAAAAUCAGGAAAUUUUCUCUCUUCCCCCAAGGCUGUCACAAUUCUAUCGGGUGGAGAUUUUAGCGCGCACUAGCGUAUUCCACAUCCCUUUACUCAUCCCUGAAGAAGAGGAGGGACUACUGUCUAGUGGUAUAUCCUAUUUUAUCCCCUGUCACCUUGUGGAUUUUACCGUGGCGAACAACUUAAAUUUGGACAACAAGCAAUUCAAAAUUACGACAUAUGCAUGAAAAUAAAAGUAAGCUCCGACACCGCCCUGCAGGGAAAUGAAGAGACGUACUGAAACUUGCUGUCCGGAAAGGCUGCUUACGCCUGAAAUAUACAGUAUGUGGUCCUUGGUCCGCGUCUAAAAGUCAUUAACUUGAAUAUCUGGAAUAUCUUACCCGAAUCUUCACGUAACGAGCUAAAAUAUUCCCUGAAGAUAGCUUUUAUGUUCUUCUCGAUAAUCCUGAAGUUUCAAGUUCCAGACAUAAAUAUUUUGCUUGGGGUUCGACAAAAGGCGACCGUUUUCGAUGGCCCUUGGUCCGCGAAUGUGGUGGUAAGCAGCACGAAAAAAACGUAAAAAUGUUAUAGUUUCCUCACGAAAACGUGAUUUUCACAAUAUUUCAUGUACUUGUUUCUUUUCUUGAUGCAAUUAAGCUAAAGUUUUUUUCGGAAGAUGUUGUGAGUAUAAAAUAAUCUGCUCUUCUUUCAAAGACUUCCGUCUCCUCGAGUCUCCCACACGAGCGUCUGCGAGCGGUUUUCAGCGCGGUCGAAAAUAAUUACUAAAAAUUCCGUAUGUAUUCGAGAUAUUAAAAAAAUAGAACUUGUACACAUAUAUAGGGACGAUUUUUAAAACAUUCUUCGAAAACAAAGGCCGUCGCUUUUUAUUUUGCGAAGUUUUAUUCAACGAAAGUCAUAGGUCGCGGACCAAGGACUGCUAAGCGAAAUUUUGUGAUAUUUUUCAAGAGUCGAUAAAACAAAAAAUUCAGAGUCUACAGCAAUAUGCUUCCAACAGCAGAAAUAAGUUGAUCUGAAAACCUGUUCUGCAAAAAGGCACGUCUUCCCGUUGCGUUUUAUUUAUUCGCAGGCUAAGUAAACUUGACCAUGUAAUUUACGGUGCCGCAAUAAUCCAAACUUCAAGAAAGACAAAUUAACCUACCUGUCAACAAACUUUAAUUUCGCGCCUUCACCCACAGCAAGAAAGCCGAAACUUCGUCGUAUAAAAGAAUACUAAUCAGUAAAUCACGAUAACUUUCAUUAUUCAACAUAUUUUUUUUCUCGACGAAAUAUUUUAUCAUUUUCGGAAAAGUCGCGGACCAAGGGCAUCGCGGACUUGCGAGGACCAAGGACCACAUACUGUACAGAAUGUUGCAGUAUACUACCUUUUGUUGUUUUUUUUUUGUUGAUUGCGGGAGACCAAAGGAGUCCGCAGUACUAAUCACAAAUGCGAGCCACAUACGUAUGCAACCAGCAUUUGUUUGAACUUCCUUUAAAAAUGAAUGGAAUGCAUAGAACGCAAUCUGAUGAAGCACGUUUGGACCUUCUAUCACUUGAAACUUACGCAUAGCACAGCUUUGCUCAGGGUAAGAGCGUUUGCAUCUAUCUUGCCCUUGGACCAUAAUUUUGUUUAUUACUAGUUUUAAUUUACGCAGUUAUUUAUAUUUCUAUUAUUAUAUAUUAUUAUUAUUAUUAUUAUUAUUACUAUUAUUAUUAUCGUUAUUAUUACUAUUAUUAUUAUUAUUAUUAUUGUCAUUAUUAUUAUUAUUAUUAUUAUUAUUAUUAUUUUCAGAUGCAUAUACAACCAACCAAUUAGUUUACACAUGGAUUAACGGAAGCGAGACAGAAAAGAUAAGAGUAUCAGAUAAACAACUUUCAGAGUUUACCUUCCUUCAAACACAAUCCCUUUAUGAUUUUGAAACCUAUGCAGAUGGUUAGUAGUGAAUACUGAAAAAAGCAUCAGUAUAUAAACUAUUUCAGGGGUUUUGAUUUAGUGUUAACCAAUCAGAACCAAGAUCAGACCACGCACAAGCAGACCACAAAAUCACGAACUACAUGUAACAAGAAAAACAACUAAAACUAAGUGCUAAAAUUUUAACCCGCAGUUAGCAAGGGCAACUUUAAGGGGGGGCUGCCAAAUAAGAACUACAGUUGCUUAUAAUUCAGUUUUAGUCACUCUACUAGAACUAGUAGAGACAUAAACUAUUAGAAAUUCCAGCUUAAUUACUAAAAGGAAUGUAAGAACAGUAAAAAAAAAAACGAAAACAAGCAUAAAUAAUAACAUUAAAACAGCAAACUAAUGGCUUCACUUGAAUUGCCUCUUUCUAUGCAGGUUACGUUGGUAUACUACUUACUAAAGCCAGUUUGCUAAUUGAUUGUUCAAGUUCCGCCUUAAUUAGUUUAGGUGUGAAAGGAGUUCAACCUAUCGAACCCAUCCCGCCCCUAGAUCUUAUGGAUUCCAUACCUUCAUUUAUUACUACUAAUUGGACGGUAUCUUCAUUGAAUGAUAGCUCUUGAUAAAUCUUCUCAUAAAAUUACCUGAGAGGAGAACAAAUUUCGUUUUCAGCGCCUUGUUUUAUUUUCGUUGCAUGCACAGGCGGGAGUUAACUGAGUCACAGAUAGCAGCGAGGGUCGAUGGCAGUAAAAGGACACCCCAACAAAAAAAAUGGUGAUAAUUAUAAUAACAAUGAUGAUCUUAUUAUUCAUCAUUAUCAUUAUUAUUCAUUCGUAAUUUUUUCGCCUUUUCUGAUUGGCUCCAAUCCCCCCCCCCACUCCCUCUCCGUCACUGCUAAUUCUUCAUAACCAACUCAGGCACUUGCCAUAUUUGAAAGAUGCGAGCAAUAUUCGAUUCGAGGGUAUAAAUUAUGAUAUACCAUCGAUCAACCUCGUUUCCAGACGCGGCAGCCUACCUGUUUAUUCCGGAGUAACUAAGAGUGAACUGAAAAAAGAAAAUGGCGUUUACAGCUAUUCGAAGAGGAAAUAGCUGAAUUUCUAACCAACUGAACGAAAGAAAUGCAAGAAUACGCAAGAUAUAUCGCUCAAAGAAUGUUAUCAGCUUUUUGUGGAGAUUCGGCAAAGAAAAACAUCUGUUAAGUUCAUAUUCUGAAACCGUGCCGGAAAUACUCCAGUUAAAGAAGUUCUAGGAGAAGGUAGCUUGUUAAGAACUUAGAAAUAUUUUGAAUAAAUAAUAAAACAAUUACUGAAUAAGGCUGAGUAGGAUGUGAAGAAUUAUGCAGAUGGAGGAGGAUGUUAUCAUUAUCAUUAAUUAGUUUACGCAUGAGGACGACGAAAGAAGAGGACGGCAAAUCGCUUGUUCGUUACAAAAGUGAGGGGCCUAAUACUUAUGUGCUUUGCGGUGACCUUCACCUGAGUUAACGUUUUCUGGUCUUUUAAAAAAAGACCUGUUUAAAAGAAGGUGAAGUUCGGUGGAAAAGUUUUUCUAACAAAAUUAUUGUGACGCUUGUCACACAAUGUUUGCUGUCUUCUUUCCUCUCCCGUCCUGUUGCGUAAGCUCACUGUUUUUAAGGGACGGUAAGCUACUAUUAAGCCGCCACCCUGGACCAGGCAAGGAACCCAUAAAGGGUUAUGGUAAUGAGCAGCUGGACCUGGCUCAGUUUACUCCAGACCUGUUAUCAGCGAAGAAUCGAAACAACCUUUAGUUCUAACCAAAUCGUUUUAAUCUGUAGGUAACCAUUCUACACUGAUUGCUCGCUUCUGGUUCAAGCGACGCAUCGGUUAUGCUUUUCUUCAAAUCUACUUUCCCACCAUGAUGCUUGUAGUACUGUCUUGGCUGGUAUUCUGGAUUCCACAGGAUGCUGUUCCUGCGAGGAUAGCUCUCGGAAGCACUACUGUGUUAUCAGUUGUGACGUUCACAGGGUCAUUUAGAAGCACUUUUCCAAAGGUAUGCUGGUCAAUAUCCUUAGAGAGUUUAAGUAAAAUUGUACUGUUUGUGUAUAUAUAUAUUGCUAAAAAAAAACGCAGAUAGCUGAAGGCAUCUUUUACAGCCCUGGAUGAGGUGUCCGCACUGGACGCUUCAGCUGUAGAUGAAUAAAGAAUGGAUUGAAAAAAUCAGAUAUACAAUCUAACUCCUCUCAGAUUUCAAGUUGCGCAUUACAUAAUUAAGUGGAAAAUAUUUACAGGAUAAUUUACGGAACGUGCCCGCGUUGUCACGUACCCAGAUCUAUUCUCGACGAGUCGGAAAGAGAUCUGGGUACGAGAUUAGUUCGCGCCUAGGGUAUUUUAUAAAAGAGUGGGAAAAUUAGACGUGAAACUCACGCAGUGAGAUAUGAACUUCUCACUGUAUUUUUGGUUCAGCUGCAUUCAGUCUACAUCAUCCCUCUCUCUGUUUGUAUUUUUGUGUGGAAAGGUUUCCUACAUUAAAGCUGUGGAUGUCUACUUCAUUGUUUCCUUCGUGUUUGUCUUCUCUGCAUUAAUGGAAUACAUCUUAGUAUUACUUGACACUGGUGGAGUAAAACAGCAAAGAGUACUGCAUGACAGAAAUAAUGUGGAAAAUUGUCACCAUGAUGUGUCUUUUAUAGAAGUAAAAUUUGUUUGUUGUGUAAUAAUCAUUAAGAGGUGCACGUCUUUGCCCUUCUAUGUAUCAUUUCUGUGUCAACGUGAGAUUUUCAUUUCUUACCAUACCAUUUCCAAGAAGAUACUAUGAAUCUUUAAAAAUUGACGGGAGAAAAAACAUGUUUAUCGCCGCUAAGGCUUAAAAGGUGUACUUUGAUCUUAUGAUUCCUCUUCACUAAAUUCUCCCGUUGUUCAUUAAUAAUUGACAGGAGAAAAUAUCCUUUACACUGCGCAGUGCUGGGGCUUGAGAAAACAUAAACUGUUUACAGGUAGCUAGCUAUAGCCAUUACGACACCUAUAGGAAGAUCAUGAGGUUAUCCAAAUGUUAAGACCUAUCCGUAAGCCCCCCCGUACAAACGGAUGCAACAUUGUUACUCCCUGAACAUUGUUGGAUGUUACAUGUUUUGUCCGUUUGCACACCCUGUUGCAUGUUUUUGCGUGUUGUUGGGAGUUGCUGUGCGAAGUUUGAAACCAGCCAAUUUUUAGCUACAAUCAUGCCAAACGGACAGAAGAACUUCCAACGUUAUUGGCCACUCCCAUACUCUUUUCGAAAAGUAGUGUGGGUUAUUUUACGUCCCUGGAUAAGCACCAGAAAAAUGAAAGCCCUCUGAGACUGGAACUAAGGUUUUUCGUCCUUAUCCGAGAAGACUAGAAAGUCUAACCGUUUGCAGAUGUCAUUACAAAGGCAGCACCAGCAGGGGUUUAAAACUGACGAGCUCCAUCCAGCCCAGUAGACCGGCGCUCUACCAACUGAGCAAACCUUGCGGCGUAAAAGGUUGGUUUUGAUCUUUUUUUAUCUUUUUCAAAUGACAGGACAAACAUCAUGUUGAAGUUUCGGAGUUACAUGAUGUCAAGGUAGAGCGCCCAGUUAAGCACCCAGUUGCUAGAAGCCAGGGAAAAUCAAUGAAAGUUCUCAAAGGCAAAGGAAAGAAAGCUAAAGAAUACGCGCGUUGUGCCUUCGUUCGGAAUGAAGCCAGCAGCUUUGACAGAGUAUCGCGUUACCUUUUCCCAUGUUCUUAUUGUAUCUUUAAUUUGAUUUAUUGGUGUUACUAUGAACUUGCUUCAUUCGGAAAGGAAGUCCCCACCAGAUGAUCAAACCUACCUACAUUAGCUGUGGAUUUUAAACUACAGUGGAGGUCAAAAGUGUUGGGACCUUCCCUGUGAUAUAAAUAAAACAGUCGACCUUCCCCCUUCCACCACUAACAAUGUUGAAUUUUGAGCAUAAUGGGUGAAAAUGAGUCCGUUUGGGGUCACAGCAUUGUAGGGAGGAGAGGAAGGAUGAAGGAAUGAAUCCGAUAGCCGAUCCAAAAAUUGUCAUUAGGAUAAAGUGUAACAAUUACUGGAAGGGUUUUUCAUUACGUCCCAAGAUCUUUUGACCUCCAUUGAAGAUGGACGUGGCCAGGUCGACGGUCAACGUCCAAAAGGGCAAGUAAUUGCAAAUAGGCUCCCUGAGCUAGAGAGAAAUAAACUCGAACUUGCUCAAUGAGGUUUCAAAAUAAUAUUUUGAAAGCAUAAUUCCGAGGCUAUUUUUAGAGAACGCAUCGUCGAUUUUUCUACCGCUUUCUUUGUUGUUUCUCUUAGCAAGACGAAGUAUUUCUACGUCAUAUGAAACGACAUAAGGUCCCCUAUGCUAUGAAGUUUUUAGUGCAAACUAAAAAAAGACAAAUAAAAAAAUGUUAUAUAGCAAAAAACAUAAUAUAAUUAUGCCGCAAUUUGUGCUACUUUUGUUUAAUUUGUCUUAAAGAAGCUUAGUUUGUAAAUUUUCACUCGUCUUAGAUGAUGGUCAUUAGUUUUGAAUGGGGUCAAAUAUUCCAAGCUACAUGCACCAUAAUAUUAUCAUAAUACCGCAAUCAUCUUUCAGAACGCAUGACAAAAAGAAAAAAACGUUGCAUGAUAUUAUAACACAGCAAAAGCCCAGAAGGAAGAGUUUGCCUGUAAGUACUGAGUUGUCUUUCGAAUUAGAAAUGUUGUAAAUAAAAGGAAA